CAUCCUCGUCUCGUGAGUAGCGUAUUCAUCUUUCUUCGUCGGCGAACCAGCAUUCCGCACUCUGUCGGGCGCCGUCCACUGUUGUCAGUCCUGCGUGGUUGUUCUCGGGCAAGCAGUGAAAGCGGUUCGAAUCCUAGGGCCUUUUCUACUCCCAAAAUCCGAUGGCACUGCAAGAGCAGUUAGACCGGUUUAAAAAACAGCAGCAGAAGUGUCAGUCAACCCUCACAAGCAUUGCAGCUAGCAAGGCUGCAACAAGCAAAAAAUCUACUCCUGCAGUUGCAUCUGCAUUGGCCAAUGGGAAAACUCCAGCUCCUGCUGUCAAAUUUUCAAAUGAUACAGAGAGGCUUCAACAUAUUAACAGUAUUAGGAAGGCCCCUGUAGGAGCUCAGAUGAAGCGUGUUAUUGAUCUGCUGCUAGAGACAAGACAGGCUUUUACACCUGAACAAAUAAAUGAGGCAUGCUAUGUUGACAUGAAGUCUAACAAGGACGUUUUUGACAGUCUGAGGAAAAAUCCAAAAGUGCACUAUGAUGGAGAACGGUUCUCUUACAAGUCAAAACAUGACCUUAAGGACAAAAAUCAACUUCUGUACCUGAUUCGCAAAUUUCCUGAGGGCAUUGCUGUUAUUGACCUGAAGGAUGCCUACCCGACAGUGAUGGAGGACUUGCAGGCUCUGAAAGCUGCGGGGCAGAUUUGGCUGUUGUCCAACUUUGAUUCGCAGGAAGAUAUUGCAUACCCUAAUGACCCCAGAGUGCCGAUUAAGGUAGAUGACGACCUAAAACAGCUUUUCCGGGGGAUUGAAUUGCCUCGUGACAUGAUUGACAUAGAGAAGGAUCUCCAAAAGAAUGGGAUGAAACCUGCUACCAACACUGCAAAGAGGAGGAGCGCAGCGCAAAUUCAAGGCAUUUCUUCUAAGCCCAAGCCUAAGAAGAAGAAGAAUGAAAUCAGCAAGAGGACCAAGCUGACCAAUGCUCAUCUUCCAGAGCUUUUUCAGAAUCUAAACAAUUCCUGACUUCAUAUUCUCGUAAUCAUUUGACAGUGUGAUAGAUCUGUGUAGAAAGUAUUUAAGUAGUUCAGAUAAUUGUCCUCCUCUUAUCUCACCUUCAAAAAUUCUCGCUUCCAUUGUAUGAAUCAUUUUUUGUUACGUGUAUCGGUUGGACAUUCUUGUUCAGUCCAAACUCUGGGCAUUCCUUUAGGGCCUCACAAGUCUCGAGAAAGAGACUCUCCCUGUAAUGCCUGUUAUAUAUAGUUUCGGUUCCUUAUUA